GCCGGCAGCCCCCGGGCAGCGUUCGGAGCUCCUGCCCGGGCGGGCGCGCGGCGCGGCGGCAGAGGCGGCGGAGCCUGAGCUGGGAUGUAGAGGCGGCGGCGAGAGCAGGCGUCCGAGCAGAGCCAGAAGAGGAGAGCCUCACCCCCGACAGCCCAGCCCCGCGUCCCAGCCAGCGCCUAGCCAUGCGCACCGCCUGCUGAGUCCGGGCGCCGCACGCCGAGUCCUUCGCCCGCCGCGCCGCGAGGCGCUGCGCUCCGGGGUGAUUAGUUGCUUUUUGUUGUUUUUUAAUUUGGGCCGCGGGGAGGGGGAGGAGGGGCAGGUGCUGCAGGCUCCCCCCCCUCCCCGCCUUGGGCCAGCCGCGGCGGCGCGACUCCGGCUCUGGCCCCGGGCGCGGCGGGCGACUGGAGCGGAGCGCACCGCGGCGGUGCCCAGAGCGGAGCGCAGCUCCCCGCCCCGCCCCUCCCCCUCGGCCUCGCGGCGACCGUGGCGGCUCGGACGACUCGCGGAGCCGAGUAAAGACGUUUCCACGUGGACACCUGACCAUGUGCCUACCCUGACUGAGACUCCCCAGGCAUCUCUAUUGUGGGUAGCCGUGCUACACGCUCAACUCUGAGCCCCCAACAGUUUGCAGGCUCCCAGCAGCGGGGUCUGGGCCUCGGCCCCAUCAUGUCGAGCCUCGGCGGUGGCUCCCAGGACGCCGGUGGCAGUAGCAGCAGCAGUAACACCAAUAGCAGCAGUGGCAGUGGCCAAAAGGCAGGAGGAACAGACAAAAGUACCGCGGUGGCCGCCACGGCGCCGACCUCCGUGGCAGACGAUGCCCCACCCCCUGAGCGUCGGAACAAGAGCGGUAUCAUCAGUGAACCCCUCAACAAGAGCCUGCGGCGCUCCCGCCCACUCUCCCACUACUCUUCCUUUGGUAGCAGUGGUGGCCUCGGAAGCAUGAUGGGGGUGGAGUCUGCUGACAAGACAGCGGCAGCCGCAGCCUCCCUAUUGGCCAAUGGUCAUGACCUGGCUGCGGCCAUGGCAGUGGACAAAAGCAACCCUACCUCAAAGCACAAAAGUGGUGCUGUGGCCAGCCUGCUGAGCAAGGCAGAGCGGGCCACAGAGCUGGCAGCGGAGGGACAGCUGACGCUGCAGCAGUUCGCACAGUCCACAGAGAUGCUAAAGCGCGUGGUGCAGGAACACCUGCCACUGAUGAGCGAGGCCGGUGCCGGCCUGCCUGACAUGGAGGCUGUGGCCGGCGCCGAAGCCCUCAAUGGCCAGUCCGACUUCCCCUAUCUGGGCGCUUUCCCCAUCAAUCCGGGCCUCUUCAUCAUGACCCCAGCUGGCGUGUUCCUGGCUGAGAGUGCGCUGCACAUGGCUGGGCUGGCCGAGUACCCCAUGCAGGGAGAGCUGGCUUCCGCCAUCAGCUCAGGCAAGAAGAAGCGGAAACGCUGCGGCAUGUGUGCGCCCUGCCGGCGGCGCAUCAACUGCGAGCAGUGCAGCAGUUGUAGGAACCGAAAGACUGGCCAUCAGAUUUGCAAAUUCAGAAAGUGUGAAGAACUCAAAAAGAAGCCUUCCGCUGCUCUGGAGAAGGUGAUGCUUCCGUCGGGAGCCGCCUUCCGGUGGUUUCAGUGAUUUCAGUGACGGCCGGGAACCCAAAGCUGCCCUCUCCGUGCAAUGUCACUGCCCGCGUGGUCUCCGGCAAGGGAUUCGGGCGAAGACAAACGGAUGCACCCGUCUUUAGAACCAAAAAUAUUCUCUCACAGAUUUCAUUCCUGUUUUUAUAUAUAUAUAUUUUUUGUUGUCGUUUUAACAUCUCCACGUCCCUAGUAUAAAAAGAAAAAGAAAAGAAAAAAAAUUUAACUGCUUUUUCAGAAGAACAUCAACAACAACAAGAGAGGUAAAGACGAAUCUAUAAAGUACCGAGACUUCCUGGGCAAAGAAUGGACAAUCAGUCUCCUUCCUGUGUCAAUGUCAAUGUCAAUGUUGUCUGUGCGGGAGAUGCUGUUUUUGUGUAGAGAAUGUAAAUUUUCUGUAACCUUUUGCAAUCUAGUUACUAAUAAGCACUACUGUAAUUUAGCACAGUUUUAACUCCACUCUCAUUUUAAACUUCCUUUGAUUCUUUCCAACCAUGAAAUAGUGCAUAGUUUGCCUGGAGAAUCCACUCACGUUUAUAAAGGAAUUGGUGGUGGCACCGUAUAGAAGCCCCUCUGUAUCCAUCCAUGUGUGCAGAGGGGCCAGAGCCCACUGGGACUGGGAGUUCCUGACCCAGGCCCGACCAUGUUGCACCCCAUCGUCCCCUGAUUGGGAUCCCCCUACCCCAACAGUGAUGGAUUUUGGAGAGAUGAAAAUUCUAUUCAUUUGUUGAUCCACUGAGAUCUGGAGAGCCCACAUCUCAGUAUUUCUGAUCCUGGCUACUUCCCCUAGAGAAAAUAAGCCCUCUUUUCUCAGCCUUGCUCGAAGCAGCAGAAGAAAGGGCUUCUCUGCGUGGUCCCCUGCUGGUAGGGGUGGGUGCCCAGGGGGCCCCCUGCCCGUGGCCAGCUCCCUGCUGAGGAACAUGCUGUUUGUAUUGUUUUAGGAGACCAGGCUGUUUUGUGAAUAAAACUGAAUGCAUGUUUGUGUCAUGAUAA